GUGGCGAACUACAUCUCCCAGAAAGCCUGCGACAGCGCGCGCGCACCCGCCGGAAGGAGUCUGCUACACGCGGUGCUGGACCUUAGAGGAGUGGAGUGAGUUGCGGGUGUUGUGGUCAGCGCGAUGCCCAAGGCCAAGGGGAAGACCAGGAGGCAGAAGUUCGGUUACAAUGUUAACCGAAAGCGUCUUAACCGGAAUGCUAGACGGAAGGCAGCGCCGCGGAUCGAGUGCUCCCACAUCCGACAUGCCUGGGACCACGCCAAAUCGGUGCGGCAGAACUUGGCCGAGAUGGGGUUGGCUAUGGACCCCAACAAGGCGGUGCCCUUCCGUAAGAGAAAGGUGAAGGCGAUGGAGAUAGACCUAGAGGAGAGACCUCAGGAGCUCGUGCGGAAGCCCUAUGUGCUAAAUGACUUGGAGGUAGAAGCCAGCCUCCCAGAAAAGAAAGGAAAUACGCUGUCUCGGGACCUCAUAGACUACGUACGCUACAUGGUGGAGAACCAUGGGGAGGACUAUAAGGCUAUGGCCCGAGAUGAGAAGAAUUACUAUCAAGAUACCCCAAAACAGAUUCGGAAUAAGAUCAACGUCUAUAAGCGUUUUUACCCAGCGGAGUGGCAAGCCUUCACUGAAUCUUUGCAGAAGACUAAGAUGGAGGUUGAGUGACGGUUUAUAUCUGCCAGGCUGAGGCCUCCUCCUGGACCUGAGAAGGUGGAACCAGGGUGUAAGGCAAGGAGGGGUGUGUGGCUACAGAUGAGGUUGGCCAAACCCCAUGGAAUCAAAAGGUUUUUCUCUCUCUCACUCCCCUCUCUGGGGAAGGAACUGCUUUCCCAGAGGCUCCAAUUUAUAUUCUUCUGGGGGCUCUGGGAAAAACCAGAACCUGCUGUUUUCAGAGUGGAUGGUUUGUUUGAAUACAGUCUGUACAUAAUAAAACAAGGCUAUUUUACUUC